AUGGCCGCUGCUUCUCUCCAUCUAAGCCCUGAGGUCGGAUUAUACUCGCCAGAGGUGGUACAGCGCUGCCAAGAGAAGUUCGGUUGGAACGAUACCAGUCCUGACCUCUUUGUACUUGAGCUGCUGGACGUAGUACUGAAGGCAUGGGCUAAAGAGAUGCCGGAGUCCUUUGGGGAGGACUCGCCUUUUAUGUCUACCCUCAAAGGUGACUGGGGUGAGUUUCAAGUGCUGAAGCCGGUUGUACAGCUGAGCGAGAAAAACGCAUCGCCAUACUACUCAUCUGCUCCAGAGCCUAAUUGCUCUCGGGAGAGUACUGCAGUGGCAUGGCAAUAG